AUGAAGGAUGAUGACUAUUACGAUUUCGCUGCAUACGCGUGUGGGACCCAACUAGACGGGGAAAUGUUCGUGGAGCAUGAUGUUACUGAUAUUGGAGCCUCAGUAAGUAGUCCAAGGUGUGUCAAUGAGAAUGUUAAGAUGGAAGGAUGUGAUGAUAAUUUAGUAGAAGGAUUGGGUGAUAGUGAGGAUGAACGGUCUACUGUUAUUAUAGAUGGUUUUGAAGGGAUUUGUGUAACUAAACCCAUUAAUGAGAGCCCUUCAGUUGGUGAGUUUAUGACUGGGUCUAAACAGUAA